AUGGCCGACAACGAGAAGUACGCGCAGCGUGUUCUAGAUGAGGAGGCUGCAACGGUCGACCGUGUCAACAAAUCUCCCUCAAAUGGCGAGCUCGAUAUCGACCUUGAAGCUUGGGGCGAGGAACAUGGCUACAUUCUCAACGUAGAGGUCUUGAAAGAGAAGUAUCAGCUUGCCCAGGAUGGCCGGACUGUUCUUAUUCCUCAGCCUUCUUCAGAUGCCAACGAUCCACUGAACUGGAGCUGGACCAAGAAGCACAUCAUUCUGCUAGUCAUCGCCGCCACUGCAUUUCUUCCUGAUUAUGGCUCCGCUACCGGUGCUGUCACACUGAUUCCCCAAAGUGCAAUCUGGGGCAUACCACAGGAUGUUGUGAACCAUAGCCAGGUCGGCAAUGUGUUUAUGCUGGGUGCUGGUGGCAUCUUCGUGGUUGCCCUCGCAGCAUACUUCGGACGUCUUCCAGUACUGUUCUGGUUUACAUUCACUGCCGUAUGGACGGCCGCAGGAUGUGCCGGUGCGGGCUCAUUCAACGCUUUCAUGGCAUUCAGGAUUCUGAACGGAUUCUUCUCGACCGUGGCGCAAGGAGGCUCGGCGUGA